CUUUGUUUUUGCAUUUAUUAGGAUUUAGCUUAUCAUCCAUGUCGGAUUUGCACCAAAAAAUGCUGAGCCUUUUUGAUAUAUACGCUCCAUCAGUGUGCUUUUAGAGAGAUAAAGAGACGAGAGAGGAGAGAAAGAGAGAGAGAGAGAGAGUAAAGAAAAUGAAGUUGAACUAGAAACCAUGGUGGUGGUUCUUUCACAAACACCACCAACUGUCUGUGAAAUUGUCUGUUUUGAUUCUCUUACUGGGUCUCAUUCUCAGACUUCUCUUCUCCAAAUCAACUGGGUUUUUGAAUGUCGCUGAAACUCCAUUCAUUGAGAAGAUAAUGAGCUCAGAACCACCAGUUUUGAUCUAUUCUUCUCCUAUUGAGAAGACGAUGAACCCAGAACCACAAGUUCCUGUCGAUUUUAUGGAAGAUUCAGAUCAGAUUCCUCGAAGUGAAAAAUUAAAAGCAAAAAAGUGUGAUUUUUUUACUGGCGAUUGGAUCCCAAACGCAUUUGGUCCUGUUUACAAUAAUGAGAGUUGCCAUUUAAUUGAGUGUCAUCAGAAUUGUUUGAAGAAUGGGAGACCGAACACUUGGUAUUUGUAUUGGAGGUGGAAUCCGCGAGAUUGUGAGCUUUCCGAAUUUGAUUUAGAGAAAUUUUUGGAGUUGAUAAGGGAUAAGACGUGGGCGUUGAUUGGCGAUUCUAUAUCUCGAAACCAUGUUCAGUCCUUGUUUUGCUUGCUCUCAAAGGUAAAUGUUCGUAUAGCGAAAUUUGGUGUUGUUUUUGGACGUUUGAAUAGGAUAUUCACUUUGUUCUUUACCUUGUUUGUUUGUCCUAUUUACAAUAUUAGUAUUUUAUAAAAAGGGUAAAUUACAUUUUAUCCCUUUGUGGCUAAGCCCCAAAAAUGAAACCACGGCUGUAUUUAGUUUGUGACACUUAACCCAGUAUUCAUGUAUUAUCUGCAAUGGUUUGUUUUCCAUCCAAAUUAACGCAACUACUUUCUCAGUCACUGACCAGUCCCUUUACAUAAACAAAGCCACUAACUGCCAUCUUCAUCAUCUUAUUGGCAUUGUGAGCAUGGAAUGAACUUCAAUCAAUGUCUCAAGAUUAUUUUUCUCAUAUGCUUUAAAAAUAGCAAAUAACCACAUGGGAUCUUAGAAUUAUAUAAGGCUCUGUUUGAUUAGGGUAUAUAAUAGGGGGAUAUACCCCUCUGAUCAGAUAUAAGAGACCAAAAAAAAAAAAAAAAAUGUGAGUUGCCCCUUUUUAUAUUAUUUGUUUGGUUACCAGAUAUGAAAUAUGGUGGUAUAUUAUAUUCCUCAAAAUUAUAGGAUAUGUAAUGCCACACCCUUAUAGUAUUGCAUAUCCCUUACCACAUGAUAUAAGCUAGGAUUCAUCUAACAGUAAAAAAUAACCACUCUCUUCUUAUUCCAUGUUAUAUCCAACCUUAACCAAAUAUAGUAUAAGUGAUCCCAUAAUAUAUAUAAUCUACCUCAUAUCCUAAACAUAUUAUAUCUCAUCCUAUAUCUGCAAGUAUUAUAUAUCCUUCUCAACCCCUUAUGUCCAAUCCGGACAAUAAACAAGGCCUAAGAGUAUGUGAUUGUACCAAAUUGAUCAAUUGAACAAAGUAUCCCUAAGAGUGAUAUUCAUCAAACAAUGUAUGGUUAUGAGUCAAAUCACAAUUGCUGGAAGUAAAAUCUAUCAAGAAAAAAGCAUUUACUUAAUGUUCACAAUUAUGUGUGUUUAUUAUGCUCAUAUCAUUUAAAAUGUAUUGCGCAACAUAGGCUUUAUGAGAGAACUAUUUGAAGGAAUUUGUCCAAUUGUUUUAGAGGUAUUGUUCUUUAUUGCACAUUUCUUGUUUUGAGUCUUCCAACAAAGUUUGGGGUGCUAAAAGGGGACACAAUUCUAUGACUUUUUGUCAUUGUGCUAAUUAUUAAUGUCGGGACAGUUUAAGGUCAUGCUGGACCGUUGUAGGAAUUGACCGAAAUUAAUGUUGAGGCAUUUUACAGGGUCAUGCCAAACCAUUAUAGGAACUUAUCAAAAUCAAUGUUGGGAUAGUUUAAGAGGUCAUGUCGGACUGUUGUAGAGACUAACUAUUGAGUUUUUUUUUUGGCUUCUUCCAAUCA